AUGCCCCGUCUGCCACGCGCAAAUCCAGAGUUGAUCACCUUAAGUAAACAGCAAAGUAGCAAAAUCCCGCCCGCAGGCAAACGUGAACUUAAAGAGGCCCAGGUUGAGGUCGUUCAGCCCGGCUCGACGAUCAACGUCAACAGGACGUAUCAACAAGCCCCCCAACAAGGAGGGUGGGUGCAGUGGUGCAGUGGUUGCCGGAGGGCCAGCGAGCUUGGGGUGGCCUCGUCCACAGGCGCCUUGGCACCGAGUGCACCGGGCCCCGGGGCUGCGGUGGUGGGUUGCCUGGUUGGGGUGUACCCGUGUUCUCCCUCCUCCACGGGGCCCAGGGGCCCCUUAAGUCAUCAUCUUCAGGCUAUUCCGAACCAACAACAGCCGAUCGGCUGCCGUGCCUGUUGCUGCGUGCAUAGCAAUCACCAGCCAACUUCGGUCCAACUUACCAGUCAGCGGGGCGGUCUAUCGCUGAGGGUAGCGAGGGUGGCGUCCACCACCUCCGUCCGAGCCGCCCCCUACGCCCAUCCCCAGCACCAGGGGCUGGGGCAGGAGUGCAGGUGUAGGGAGGAGACGGGGGCAUUGGGUGGAGGUGGUGCGCACAUCCUCGGCAGCCCGAUGCUGUUCGUCCCGUUCACGGUACCCACCUUCCCUGCGACGCAUCAUCAGACGACUCAUCCUGCGCAUCAGUCACAUCAUCAACAACUGCAGGCCAACACUCAAAAUCCGGUGCAGCAGCCGCAGCAGCUCUCGCAGCUGAAUCAGCUGAGUCAUCUGAACCAUCAGGGCAUCGUGCCGGCGACGACCAAUCAGCCGACUAUACACAGCACCAGCUGUUCGCCGCAGCAGCAAGCAACAACACCGAAUAAGGAGAUGAAAGUUAACUGGGCGACGUCGCCGGGUAACCAACCAAAGCAGGACACGAGCAGUAAGUACACCCACUUUUCAGAUUUUCAUCUUUACACGGAAAAAAAUAUUUAG